AGGAACUUAGUUUCUAAAGAUGGAGGCUUUGAAGUGGGUUUCUUCAGUCCCGGAAUCUCCAAGGGCCAUUAUUUGAGAAUUUGGUACAAGAAUAUCCCAAUCAGAACUAUAGUGUGGGUUGCAAAUUGGCACAUUCCAAUCAUGGAAUUAUGUGGUUUGCUAAUGAUAAACAGCACAGGCAAUCUUGUUCCUGCCAGUCAAAACAAGACUAUUCUUUGGUCAUCAAACUCAAACAAAUAAGCUCAAAAUCUAGUCAUACAACUCUUAGAUUCUGGAAAUCUUGGCCUGAGGGAUGACAAAGAUGGCAACUCAGAAAUAUUUUUGUGCUAUCAGCAUGGAAGAGCCCAGAUGAUCCAUCUCCUGGAGACUUUACUUUGAGGCUAGCACUAAAUAAUUACCCUGAACUUAUUGUGCUAAAGAUCAGGAGCAUGACCUUGGAAUGGUCUCAGAUAGAGUGGUGAGGCCAAAUCAAGUUCUAUUACAGUGUUUGAGUUGAACUUUAUCUGAAAUGCGGAGGAGGUAUGCUUCAGUUAUAACAUCAAUGGUCAAUGAUAUCAAGGUUUGUUAUAAACCAAACUAGAAAUUGGAUCCUAUAUUUCUAUCUGCCAAGGGACAUCUGUGACAAGUGACAACUAUGGACAUUGUGGUGUGUAUGGGACUUGUGACAAUACUGAGUUGCCACUUUGUCAAUAUUUGAAAGGAUUCAAGCCUAUAUCACCACAAAACUGAAACUCAAGGGACUGUUCUCAAUGGUGUGUGCAGAAUAAGCCAUUAGAUUGCGAGAAUGGAGAUCAAUUUUUUAAAUUUAGUCAUAUUAAAUUGCUAGAUACAACUUACGCUUGGGUGAACAAAAGCUUGGAUCUCAAGGAAUGCAGAAGUAAAUGCUUGUAGAACUGCUCUUUUAUGGCGUACACACACUUGGAUAGCAGAGAGAAAGGUAGUGGUUGUGCUAUUUGGUUUGGUGAUCUGAUUGAUUUUAAACAGUUUCAUGAUGGUGGGCAGGACCCGUGCAUCCUAAUAUCUGGUUCUGAAUCAGGGAGAGAAAAAAAUCUUGUGGGGAGUGGCAGAAGCAAAAAAGGGCAAAAUGAAGAAAUGGAAGUUCAGUUUUUCAACCUACCUAUAAUAGCUAAAGCCACAAAUUACUUCUCAAUCAACAAGAGGCUAGGGGAAGGCGGCUCCAGGCCUGGGUACAAGGAAACUGCACUUAUAGCCAAUGGACAAGAAAUUGCUGUGAAGAGGCUUUCAAGAAGCUCUGGGCAAGGAUUAAGUAAGUUCGAGAAUGAAGUUGCACUUAUAGCCAAACUUCAACAUUGGAAUCUUGUAAAGCUCUUGGAUGCUGCCUCCAAGGAGAGGAGAAAAUGCUGAUUUAUAAAUACAUCAACAAAAGUUUGGACUUCUUCAUUUUUGGUCAGAUUAAAAACCUAAGAGACUUUGUAGGAGUGGCAUGAAUUUAUCAGAAUUAGUUCAUAAAUGCACAACUUUAGGAAACUGCACUAAUGUGAAUAUCAUCCUUGCCAGGUUAAAUAGGAAGAAAACUAUUAGCCUGGUUGAAGAGUUUUCACAUUAUCUGUGCAAUUUCUAGGGGGCUUCUCUAUCUACACCAAGAUUCCUGAUUAAGGAUCAUUCAUAGAGAUCUCAAAGCCAGUAAUGUUCUAUUUGAUAGAGAGAUGAACCCAAAAUCUCAGACUUUGGCAUGGCUAGAACUUUGGGAGGAGACCAGAAUAUUGAAGGGAGCACAAACUUAGGCAUGGAGAUUGUGGAGACAAGGAAAACCUAUGGAACUGAUUGAUUCAUCUUUCGAAGAGUCAUGCCCCUAUCAGAAGUGCCCAGUGCAUCCAAAUAGGCAUGUCAACAACAUUCUGACUACAGACCUAGCAUGUCAUCCAUGGUUCUAAUGCUGGGUUGUAAGAUUGUGUUGGCUUGACCAAAAGAACCUGGUUUCCUUAUGGAAAAGAAAUAACUAUAAACAGGUUAUUCAUCAAGUAUGAUGGAAUCAUAUUCAACCAAGAACUUAGUUUGACAAUGCUUGGUAGAGGAAUCUUGAACUUUAUGCCUCAUGCUGCAUAUCACAAUGAAAUACUGUUCGUAGAUUCCUCCAUUGUCUUGUAUAGUACACAUAGAAGACAAUGAUACUCCUAUUUGAUUCUUAAGAUCUGUAUUGGCAUGGCUUAAGGUGGAUUCAUCACGACGAAACUUUCAUGUCUGCAUGUUGUUUGUACCUUGAAUUAUUCUCUGAAAGUGAGAAGAAGUUGAAAGACAAACACUGAACCUUCUUUAAAGUCAGGUCUCCCCACAAAGCCUGAAUUUUCUAGAAUGUUGAAUUAAUGUGUGCGUAAGAG